AUGUAUAAAAAAGUUCGUAAAAUAAGGAAAUCUCUAAACGCAAUUUUUUACGGAUUAAAGACAACAUUUAAAACAAAAUUAUUACUUUUGAAAUCUAUUAAGAAGUGCAAACAAGAAGUACAAUAAUAAUUACAUGGAACGACAUAUUGACAUUAGGACAAAGAAUAUUUUUGAAUAGUAUUUGAAGUGAAAUUCAAUCACAUACCAAAACAAUAUUGAGUGAUAUUUAUUUGAUCGAAUGAAAAGAAACAAAAAGUGACAAAUAAAGAGAGAGCGAGAGAAGAAUUGCGAAUUGCCUUCGAUCGUGAGAGAGAAAAAAUGUGUAUGAUACGAAUUGAUAUGUGAAGCUGUUUUUGUGCAUACCAUUGGCGUUACAUGAAAAUAAGCCAAAAGUCGUAAUAAAUUAUAUCCUGAAAAAUUUAAAAAGUAAAUUGGUCGCAAAUUUGUUUUAACCCUAAAACGAAGCUGAUUGAAUGGUUCACAGAUUUACGAAAAAACAGCGCUAAAAAGCAACACAACAGAUACAACAUAAUAACACACCCGAAUCAGUGAUCACCAAUUAUUGGACAUCAAUACCCGCGACGAUCACAAUUGUUAUAUUAACAAUUGAGAGUUGUGCUUGUUAUGUCAUCGUCUAGUCGUAGACGAGUUACAAGUCCUUCACGGAGUGGUGUAGGUAAGCUUCGUAUGGAUCGUCAGCCAAUUGUUACAAGGAUUUCAGAUCCAAGCUUGCCGAUCGGUCGUCGUAAGGAAAUAGAUAACGUGAUGAAAAAAGCACGCGCCAACUCAAAUGAUUAUUGGGAUAAAAAGUUGCUUGAAGUUGAAGAAAAAGAUCCCAAUCGGUGGCGUCACACAGGCUACAAGAAAAUGUAUAUUGAAGGAGAAAGUCGGGGUUCAAAUAAUCGUAAUCGAAGCAGUCGAAGUCGUUCUCGUACCAGAAAAUCACCUCCAUUGUCACCAGUAUCCAAACGUUCACAAAAUGAUCAAAGGGGCAGCAGAAGAUCGCCAGACACUAAACGUUCAUCAAAUGAUGUUCGGCGUCAUUCGGCAAGAUCACCUGAAGUAAGAAGGAGGCCGCGUUCACCACCACCAGAACCACCAUCAGAUGCAAUAUACAAUCGAACAAAUAAUUCAAAUGAACGUUCUCAAAAACGAAUUUUGCCACGAUCGAAAAGGCCGCCAUCUCCACCAGCUAUCUCUAGAUCGCCAUCAAAUAGUUCAGUCAGUUGUACGGAUGAUUCGUGUUCGGUGUGUUCACCAAAACCAAAACGUGUACGCUCAAGAUCAACAUCACGUUCAAGACAUCGUGCACCCGUUCGAUCAACAUCAAAUUCUCGUUUAAUACAUAGUGGAUCAAAAAUUGAUGGGCGAACAUCUAUAUCGUCGGGACACCAUAGCAAACAACGGCCACCAAGUCCAGUGUUUCGUUCUGAGAAAUUGUUGCGCGAUCGCGUCUUCACAUCACGUGCUCAACCGAUUGAUGAGCAUUCACAUGACCAAUUGUUAAGCAAACAUUCAUUGUCUUCGCGUUUAUCAAAAACAGCGCGUGUUUCCUUAGACUAUCUACGGGUUAAAAAUCCAGCUGAGCCUUCAGAAUCAUCACUUUCGAAAAAGAAAUCAAAAGAUAAAACAAUUGACAAAUUAAGAGCUAGAGUGAAAAUUGAAGGUGAAAAAUACAAACAAAACAAAGAAAUAGAAAUAGAAAAAGAAUCAUCCGAUUCGGAUGACUCAAGCAGUAGUGGUGAGAAUAGCUUCCCAACAUUUGCGGCGACUACUAGAUUAACGUUAUCAGAACGUUUUGGAAAAAUGGCUCAAUGGAGCAUAGAUCGAAGUAAUAUGGAAAAUAUGCGCAUUACGAAAGAUUCGACUGGAGGCGCAUUAAAAGUGAUGAUUGAAGAGGGGCUUGAACCACAAAGACGUUACAACUAUUCACCGGCACCGCAGGGUCACUUCCCCGAAGAAUUGGCGACAACUGCACCAACUGGUCUAAUGUCGUGGGAUGAUGUGCGCGUGCGCUAUGAAUAUUAUAAAAGUCGUGGUUACUUACGUGAUUUAGAUUUAAAGGAUUACGUUAAAUGGGAAGAAUGGUGGUAUCGCUAUCAAGAAUGGCUUAAACAAGAACGAUACUAUGAGUUCUAUGAGAGACAGCAAAUGAAUCGAAGGCGUCGCAAAAAGGUACCCAUAACACAAAGACUGAAUUAAAUCGCCAAAUUCUAUAAACAAAUGAAGAGAGACAUCGGGCACAAAGGAAUUUGAACUUCUACUUGAUGCUUUAUUUGGAGCCACAUAAUGCAAAAACAAACCAUAAAGCUUGAUGUCUUACAAACAAACAUAAUUUGAAUGGUUGAAUUAUGGUUGUGACAGACACAAAAUCUUCUCGAUUUUUUUUUCGAAUGGCUCAAAAAGCGCUGGUUCCUUCGCAUUGUUUAUCAAAUAUCAUACUUUUAUUUAAUUAUUAUUCAUUAAAUAAUUGUUCCUCCUCAAUAUAACACGACCUGAUAUGACAAGAACCGAGCAAUUCAAGAACAAUUUUUUUGUAUAUAUAAAAAAUGAAAAAUGUUUUUUUUUUUAGUUAGAUUUUAUUUAUGGCGCAAGACAUAAUUAGUAUAAUAUUCUCAAUUUUUAUUGUGGUAAACGCACCAAUGCAGGAAAAUCUAUGAAUUAUUGAUUUAAUUACAGCACUACAAUUACAGAGCUACAAUAAUAAAUUAUUUAAAUAUACAGACGUAGCCCAUAUAAAAUUGGUUGCCAAAUAAAGAUCAUUUGAUUUGUAAACCAUUUUUUUUAAGGUUA